CUGGAAUCGCUAGUCGUUGUCCUGCCGUUGCUCCGGGCGACGGUCAGCGAGAGUUUCCGAAAUCAGCGAAUUGACCGGCGAAGACCGGACAAGUCUUGAUGAUAGAGAACCAACAGAAGACGUAGCCAUGACAGACACUCCGAUGUGCGUCAACGUGUACGCCACGUCGUGCACGACUGAGAACCUGUCGCGUCAUGACAUGUUGGCAUGGGUGAACGAUUGCCUGAAAACUCACUACACGAAGAUUGAAGAGUUGUGCUCAGGGGCUGCCUAUUGUCAGUUCAUGGAUAUGCUUUUUUCGGGCUGUGUCCAGCUGAAGAAAGUCAAAUUCAAGACGAACUUGGAGCACGAAUACAUCCAGAACUUCAAGAUCCUCCAAGCCGCUUUCAAGAAAGUUGGAGUCGACAAGAAUAUCCCGGUCGACCGACUGGUCAAGGGACGCUUCCAGGACAACUUCGAAUUCGUUCAGUGGUUCAAGAAGUUCUUCGAUGCAAAUUACAAUGGCGAGCCUUACGAUGCUGUCGAAGCCCGUUCAGGGGCUCCCGUGGGAGGUGCAGGACCUCGAAGCGGGAUCGCUGCCGUGGCGAAAGCAAGUCCCAGGCAGCCAGCUCCCGCCGCCAUCAGGAAGGCGCCCGUGCCCAUGGCGGCCAAAACCACAAGCCCUGCCGCUCGCGCUUCAACUGGUGGGAAUGCGGUAUCUUCAGCGAAAGUUCAACAAUUGGAGACGCAGGUCACCGAGCUCACGGAACAAAUAACAGGGUUGGAACGCGAGAGAGAUUUUUACUACAACAAACUCCGGGACAUCGAGCUCCUAUGCCAAGACUUCGAGGCUAAGGAAGACAAAACGCCCGCCCUAGAGCAAAUACUGGAAAUCCUUUACGCCACCGAGGAAGGCUUCUCGGCUCCGGAAGAAUAUAACGAGGAAGUGCCGCAAGGAAAUGGCGAAGAGGAAGAAUACUAGGUCCCGCUUCGCAGAGAUGCCGCGAUCCCGCUACAGCUCGAGAAUCUUGUAGUCGAUUUCAUAUUUCUCUUAUUUAUGUCUGGUACAAACCGGGCGGAAUAAUUUUUAGAUGAAGACAUCGAUUCAGCGGCGGGGAUGAGCCUGUCAUCAUCACUCACACCACUUCUCAUUUUGGCGCUGAUAUUGUGAAUAGCGUGCUUUAUACAAAAAAAUUGGCUUGAGUCUCAGUUUCAAGCACGCGGCAGUAGUAUCAAUGUAAUUCUCUAACCGUUCUGGAAGGGCCGCUUCGUCUUCAAGAGUUCAUUAUUCCUAACCCACAAUCAUGAAAAGUCAAGAACGACGGAACUCUCGACUCGUGAAUGUUUUUGCUCGAAGUGAGAGACGCAUUGAUGAUCGACCGAUUCAAUAAAUA